AUGGCUGAAAGAGACCUUGGAAAGGCUGAGAUGGCCGUUGCGGCCAACCACCACACUGAGCAGGCCGAUCCUGCGUACCGCCACUCUAUCGACACCGAUUCGACCCGCGGCCCUGCUACUGAACGACGAGACUCCAAGGCUCACAACGCUGGUGUGUCUGUUGAGCAGGCCGAGGCCGACUUCGCAGAGCUUCAGAGGGAGUUCACUGGUGUGUCGCGCGCCAGUCGCAGGAAGAGCAGAGCUAGCGUCGAUCCUGAGAAGAACGUCGAGGCUGAUGAUGCUGAGGUUGAGUCGCUGUUUGAUCUCGAGGCGGCUCUUCGUGGCGGUCUUGAUCGUGAGAAGGAGGCUGGAAUCAAGUCGAAGCACAUCGGUGUUUACUGGGAUGGCUUGACCGUCAGGGGCUAUGGCGGCAUGUCUAACUUUGUUCCUACCUUUCCCGAUGCCUUCAUUGGCUUCUUCGAUAUUAUCAGCCCUGUUAUUGGCAUGCUUGGCCUUGGCCCCAAGCCCCCUCAGGUUGCUCUUCUUGACAGUUUCCGCGGCGUGGUCAAGCCCGGUGAGAUGGUUCUCGUUCUGGGCAAACCCGGCUCUGGCUGCACUACUUUCCUCAAGACCAUCGCUAAUCAGCGCUAUGGCUACACUGCGGUGGAGGGAGAGGUUCUUUACGGCCCCUGGUCGAACAAGGACUUUGACCAAUACCGAGGAGAAGCUGUUUACAACGCCGAAGAUGACAUCCAUCAUCCUACCUUGACGGUUGAACAGACCCUUGGGUUUGCGAUCGAGACAAAGAUGCCUGCUAAGCGACCUGGAAACAUGAGCAAGCAGGAGUUCAAGGAGAGCGUCAUUAGUAUGCUCCUCAAGAUGUUCAACAUCGAGCAUACCCGCCACACCAUCGUUGGUGAUCACUUCGUCCGCGGUGUUUCUGGAGGAGAGCGCAAGCGUGUCAGUAUCGCAGAGGGCAUGAUCACCAACGCCGCUAUCCUAUCGUGGGACAACAGCACUCGCGGUCUUGACGCCAGUACCGCUCUCGAUUUUGCCAAGUCCCUGCGUAUCCAGACCAACCUCUACAAGACCACCACCUUUGUCUCCCUGUACCAGGCUUCCGAAAACAUCUACGAACUCUUUGACAAGGUCAUGGUGAUCGACGAAGGAAGACAGGUCUAUUUCGGGCCCGCUGCUUCUGCCCGCAGUUACUUCGAGGGUCUUGGCUUUGCACCCCGUCCUCGACAGACGAGCGCAGAUUACCUCACCGGCUGCACGGAUUCGUGGGAGAGGGAAUACGCCCCCGGGCGAUCGGAGAAGAAUGCGCCGCACGACCCCGAGACCCUGACACAGGCUUUCAAGCAGUCCGAUGCGUGGACGUCUCUCGAGGCCGAAAUGGCCGAGUAUAAGGCUUCGCUCUCGCAGGAGGCCGAUACUCACAACGACUUCCAAACUGCUGUCAAGGAGAGCAAGCGCGGUACCUCCAAGAGAUCGAUCUACCAGGUCGGCUUUCAUCUUCAGGUUUGGGCACUCAUGAAGCGUCAGUUCACCCUCAAGCUGCAGGAUCGUUUCAACCUCUUCUUUGGAUGGUUCCGCAGCAUCGUCAUCGCUAUUGUUCUCGGCACCCUGUAUCUCAACCUCGGCAAGAAUUCCGCAAGCGCCUUUUCCAAGGGCGGUCUGCUCUUUAUCGCGCUGCUGUUCAACGCAUUCCAGGCCUUUUCUGAACUGGGUAGUGCCAUGCUUGGCAGGCCUAUUGUGUCGAAGCAUAAGGCCUAUGCUUUCCACCGACCCUCAGCUCUAUGGAUCGCCCAAAUUGCGGUCGACCAGGUUUUUGCUGCUAGUCAGAUCAUGUUGUUCUCUCUGAUUGUUUAUUUCAUGACGAAUUUGAAUCGUGAUGCGGGAUCCUUCUUCACCUUCUUCCUUAUGGUCCUGAGCGGGAAUAUCGGUAUGACUCUAUUCUUCAGAAUCAUAGCAUGCUGCUCGAAGGAUUUCGAUUACGCGAUCAAGUUUGCUGUUAUCGUCAUUACGCUGUUCGUAGUUACGAGCGGCUACAUCAUUCAAUAUGAGAAUCAAAAAGAAUGGCUCCGAUGGAUCUUCUGGGUGAACAUUUUGGGCCUAAGCUUUAGCUCCAUGAUGAUGAACGAGUUCCAAAAGAUCGACAUGCAAUGCACAGCGGAUUCCUUGAUCCCUUCUGGCCCUGGCUAUACCGAUAUCGACUAUCAAGUUUGCACCCUCCCCGGAUCCAGACCAGGCACCACUUUCGUUUCAGGCAGCGACUACGUUGCUCAGGGAUUCGACUACCACAAAGGUGAUCUUUGGCGUAAUUGGGGUAUCGUCCUGGCUCUCAUCAUCUUCUUCCUGAUUCUCAACGUGGUGCUCGGAGAGUUCGUCAACUUCGGCAUGGGAGGCAACGCUGCAAAGGUCUAUGCUAAGCCUAACAAGGAGCGAAAGGCACUCAACGAGAAGCUCAACUCCAAGAAGGAUGCCCGGCGCAAGGAUAAAUCCAACGAGGAAGGAUCCGAGAUCUCUGUCAAGUCCGAGAGUGUGCUCACGUGGGAAAACCUCAACUACACCGUGCCUGUGCCUGGCGGCGAGCGUCGCCUCCUCAACAACAUUUUUGGUUAUGUGCGUCCCGGUGAGCUGACUGCUCUUAUGGGAGCGUCAGGUGCUGGAAAAACCACUCUUCUAGACGUCCUCGCUGCUCGCAAGAACAUCGGUGUCAUUUCUGGAGAUAUUCUCAUCGAUGCUCUUGCUCCCGGCAAGACGUUCCAAAGAUCUACCUCUUAUGCGGAGCAAUUGGAUGUUCACGAGCCCACUCAAACCGUCCGCGAGGCCUUCCGCUUCUCCGCCGAGCUCCGCCAACCCUACCACGUCCCUAUGGAAGAGCGCUAUGCCUAUGUCGAGGAGAUCAUUUCUCUUCUUGAGAUGGAGUCUAUCGCUGACGCUAUCAUUGGAAGCCCCGAAUUUGGUCUUACUGUCGAACAGCGCAAGCGUGUUACCAUUGGUGUUGAGUUGGCUGCUAAGCCAGAGCUGAUGCUAUUCCUUGACGAGCCUACCUCAGGCCUAGACAGCCAGAGUGCGUUCAACAUCGUCCGUUUCCUCAAGAAGCUCGCUGCCUCAGGCCAAGCUAUCCUGUGCACCAUCCAUCAGCCCAACGCGGCACUCUUUGAAAACUUCGAUCGCCUUCUUCUGCUCCAGCGUGGAGGCCGCACGGUCUACUUCGGCGACAUCGGCAAGGAUGCUCAUGUUCUGCGAAGCUAUCUCGAGAGCCACGGUGCUGUGACGCCCGCCAAAGCCAACGUUGCUGAGUACAUGCUCGAGGCCAUUGGUGCUGGUAGCACUCCCCGUGUUGGAGACCGUGACUGGGCCGAUAUCUGGGACGACAGUGCUGAAUUCGCUGAUGUUAAGGAGACUAUUAUUCGACUGAAGCGAGAGCGGCAGGCGGCUAGUGCGGCAGCCAAUCCCGCCGACGCUGAACUGGAACGGGAAUAUGCUUCACCCUUCAAGCACCAGAUCAAGGUUGUUUUCAACCGCAUGGUUCUUUCUCUCUGGCGUUCUCCCAACUAUCUCUUUACCCGACUCUUCAGUCAUGUUGCAGUCGCUCUUAUUACGGGAUUGAUGUACUUGAACCUCGAUAACUCUAGAUCCUCGCUACAGAACAAACUGUUUGUCAUUUUCCAGGUUACAGUUCUACCAGCUCUCAUUAUCACUCAGGUCGAGGUCAUGUUCCACAUCAAGAGAGCUCUCUUCUUCCGAGAACAGUCCUCCAAGAUGUACUCGCCCUUUGUAUUCUCCACGUCAUUGGUCCUUGCAGAAAUGCCCUACUCUAUCAUGUGUGCCGUGGCUUUCUACCUGCCUCUGUACUUCAUGCCCGGCUUCCAGACAGAAGCUUCCAGAGCAGGAUACCAGUUCCUCAUGGUCCUGGUCACCGAGAUCUUUGCCGUUACUCUCGGUCAAGUUCUAGCCUCUAUCACACCCUCGCCCAUGCUAUCCGCGCAGAUGGACCCCUUCGUUAUCAUCAACUUCGCGCUCUUCUGCGGUGUUACCAUUCCUCCCCCGCAAAUGCCUGGUUUCUGGCGUGCCUGGCUCUAUGAGUUGGAUCCUUUCACCAGACUUAUCAGUGGCAUGGUCACCACGGCCCUUCAGGGCGUGGAGGUUGUGUGCAAGCAAAACGAGCUCAAUGCCUUCGCCGCACCCCCUAACAGCACUUGCGGCGAGUACAUGAAGCCCUUCUUCGCCAAUGGCGGAUCGGGUUACUUGGUGAAUGAUACUACGCAGGACUGCGAGUACUGCGCGUACAAGGUUGGCGAUGAGUUUUACAAAACCUUCAGCCUCUCGUUUGAUCACCGCUGGAGAGAUCUUGGUAUCUUUAUUUGCUUCAUCGGCAGCAACUUGAUUAUCAUCGUGGCAGCUAGUCGCUUCCUCAACUUCAACCGACGUUAA